AUGUAGCUAAUUACCGCAUAGCCGCCGAACCGUUGCUUCCCUUUGUCUACUUCUUUUAUACUCUUUUCUCUCUCCAAAAUUUCUGAUUUAAUCGCUUUCUUGGGAGGAGAAAUUCUCUCUCGGAUCGGAUCGGAUCGGAGAGGGAGUGGGGGAACCGAUGAAUCGGGUAGCGAGGGGAUCGCUGUCGGGAUGGAGGAAUAUUCCGGCGGGACGGGGGCAUGACCGGUGGAGGAGCUUGGGCGGAAAAGAGGAGGAUGAGAGCUUGCAACUGGAUCUGUUCUUGACGAGUAGCGGCGGCGCUCUGAUCGGAUCGGCCAAUGGAUCUGUUGGCCAGGACGAACAAGUUAAAUUGGAGAGACUGUCAAUUGGAUCGGCCAAGAUUGGGAGGAGCGGAAUGGAUGAUUUACUAAAUGCUGACAACGGCAAGCAUGAUUACGAUUGGCUUCUAACUCCUCCUGGAUCUCCACAUUGCCCUUCCUCUGAGGCUAUUAAGAAGCCACUUUCCUCAGUAGCACCUAAGCGUGGUUCCACUGUUAGAUCAGUUUCAACUACAAGAGCUACAAGGCUUCCUGCUUCUCAGUCUGAGAAUGGCCAUUCAACAAGGCCAGCCAGAAGUGGUUCAGUGACCCGGCCUUCCAUCUCUUCCACCAGUUUCUCUAAUACUAACAGAACAUCAGUCCUUAACACUAGCUCAGCCUCAGUCACCUCAAGGCCAUCAACCGCAGGGAGCCGAGCAGCUACACUCUCUACUGCAAGGCCAUCGAUUCCAACCUCACGUCCCAUUCCGACUCGUUCACCCACUCCAGUCAAAACUCGAGCAACCCCCAGCUCUCCAGGACUUAAAUCUGGACCUUCACACAGUUCUAGGCCAUCAACACCAACCUCCCGACCCCGAGUUCCCACUAAUUCUAUCUCAAAUUCAAAUUCUUCAGUAGCCCGCUUGAAUUCAAGACCAUCAACCCCCAGUCGCCAGUCUGUUGCACCAACAACAGCCCUGACCACAGGGCGCUCCCCCUCUGUCGGGCGGCUGUCAGCCAUUAAUGGCCGAAAUUCAGCACCUUCGUCACGCCCCAGCUCCCCCAGUCCACGGUCCCGAGCUCCAGUGCGCCCAGCUGAUCUCCCAGAUUUUCCACUUGAUACACCACCUAACCUUAGGACAAAAUUGCCUGAACGAUCAGCUUCUGCUGGCAGGAUGCGUCCGGGAGCAGCACUGACAGUUCGGUCAAAUUCAAGUUCAAACUCUGAGAUGGUGGCUUCUGUGAGUUCAAAUCGGAGGCUGUCUUUGCCCGUUGUCUCUCGGAGUAGGUUCCCAGAGAAUCCACCAAAGGUUUUAUCACAGAACAACGGACACCAGACCACACCACCUUCAAUCCGAAAAUCUGUGGUAUCAGAGGCUGGAACUCGUAAGCCUAUAAAGCCAGCUGCAAGCACAGAGAGUACUGGCUUUGGAAGGACAAUCUCAAAGAAGUCACUUGAUAUGGCUCUCAGGCACAUGGACAUUCGGCAAAGCCUGGGGGGCAUUCGGAGUGCUUCCCUCUUUCCUCAUAGCAUUCGCUCUGCUGCUCCAAAAGGCAGAGCUCGUAUGUCAGAACCCAUAGUUCCUCUGACAAGUGAUGAAGACUUUGUGGAGAAUGGCAAUUGUCAUGAAACAUUUUCUGGAGACUGCAACAGAUCUGUGUCAUAUAAUGGAGACAGUACAUCUAAGUCUCCAGACAGGGAAAGCAUUAUGACAAGGGAGAGUGUGGGUGAGUUAGAUCUCUAUGGUAGCUACCAGUAUGAUGCCAUGUUGCUGAAAGAGGACUCAAAGAACACAAAUUGGUUGCACGGUGUUGAGGAUAAGUCUGACCAAAGCCCCUUCGAUCAUCGAUUUGAGCCUCCCCCAGAACCUUUUGAUCCUCUAUGACGAUUCCCCUGUUGUUGUCUGUCUAAUAUUUGUAACAUUUGUUUUUUUUUUAUUAUUCUUGGUUAUGAUCUUCAUGUUUCUAGAAGAUGCUCUCUGGAUUGGAUGGUGUGUUGUUUUUUCUCCCGCUGAACCAAGAAAUACUGGAAGUUUGAUAAGUCUUUGAAUUGAUAAAACCCAUUCUACCAGCUAUAUGUCCAUGGAAUACAUGACUCUGGCCCCUACAGCUAAACCCUCAAGUUCUUGAAUCUACAGAUUUUAGGAUUCAAAUUCAGUUCUUAACGUGUAAUUGAUAAGAUGCUGGAAUUAGUCUUUGUAAACUUUAAUUGUUGACUGGUUUGAGACAGAAAAUUGAACUUGUUUAUCUUCUGGACGUAUGGAGA